AUGGUUUCGCCCUCUUCUUCACCAAGAGUGGAGCCUAGCGCAUUACCAAUAGCCGCGAUGGACAAUAAGUCUCCUGUCCAGUCGCUCGACGCUGGUGAUCAAGCCACUAUCACUCCCGCGUCGCAGAAGAAGGGCGCUCGAUUUUGGCUAAUAUUCGUUGCCAUCUGCGCUUCUACGUUUCUGAGUGCCUUGGAACUCACAUCCGUAUCUACUGCACUUCCUACCAUCGUGGAGGCCCUUCAUGGCCACGAUUUCGCGUGGGUUGGCUCCGCAUAUACUCUGGGUUCCACGGCCUUCAUGCCGAUGAGUGGCGGGCUAGCCGACAUCUUCGGGCGGCGCCCAGUAAUGCUAGCUUCCCUCGUCAUAUUCGCCAUUGGGUCAGCUAUAUGCGGUGCAGCACCAAAUAUGUCCGCUCUGAUUGCCGGACGCACAAUCCAAGGAAUUGGUGGGGGUGGGAUCAUUACGCUUACUGAUAUUAUUGUCGCCGACCUUGUCUCACUCGCUGAACGCGGGCCGUACUUGGGGAUCGUCGGUGCCGUUUGGGCUAUUGCCAGUGCCAUAGGACCCCCAGUUGGAGGCGCAUUUGCUGAAAGCAACUGGCGUUGGCUUUUUUAUAUCAACAUUCCUAUUGUUGGGAUUGCAAUUGUUCUCGUGCUCUUGUUCUUGAACCUCAACACUCCCAAGGAGCCAUUCAACGAGAAGAUUCGCCGAAUUGAUUGGGUUGGAAACAUUCUGGUCAUUGCCUCGACAACAUCUGUGGUGCUUGCUUUAACCUGGGCUGGAGCACUCCAUCCCUGGAAAUCAUAUCAAGUACUUGUACCUCUUGUCGUCGGAUUGCUAGGCCUCCUGGUUACAUUUGUUUACGAGUUCAACUGGGCCACAGAACCCAUCCUCCCUCGCGAGCUGUUAUGGAAUCGAACCAGUCUCAGUGGAUAUUUGGGAGUAUUUCUUCAUGGAAUACUGGUUACUGGCAUUGUCUACUAUCUGCCCGUAUACUACCAGGGCUCAAAAGGUGCUUCACCGAUCAGGUCCGGAGUCGAUCUUUUUGGGAUCGCAUUCACCGUGGCGCCUUUUGCGAUCUUGACCGGUAUUUCCGCUGUCGUAUUCAAGAAGUAUAGGCCUCAGAACUAUGUUGCCUGGGUGAUUACCACCAUUGGGCUGGGUUUACUUAGCAUGGUCAAGGCAGAUACCUCUAUGGCGAAAUCGAUCGGUUUCCAGAUUAUUAUUGGAGUUGGUGCAGGUAUUCUUUACGCUAGCACUAAUUUCCCUGUCUUGGCCCCCCUUCCUGUCUCGCUCAAUGCAUCCGCGCUAGCCUUGCUCGCCUUCAUACGAACCUUCGCAGGGACAUACGGAGUUGCCAUUGGCUCAUCUGUUCUCCAAACCGAGCUUUCCAAACGCCUUCCUUCCGAGUUCUCGUCAAUGUUUCCGGGCGGGACUGAGAUUGCGUUUUCGGCAAUUCCAUUCAUUGGGGCCUUAGAGGAGCCACUCAGGACACAAGUCAGGGAGGCAUUUGCCGACUCGUUGGCAGUGCUGUGGAGAGUAUUCAUCGGCAUCGCAGGAGCAGGGUUUAUUUCGGUCUUUUUGAUGAAGGAGAUCCCGAUGAGCAAUGAAACAGAUGAAAGGUGGGCGAUGGAACAAGCCGAGAAUAAAGAAUCUGGGGUUGAACGAGCUUGA